UCCCUCACUAGCAUAGUGUUAAUUUAAGACCAUCAUUGACUUCUUAACAUUAUAAAUUUUCUGAUAAAUUUUCUUCUGGAGUCUGCAAUUCAUUUUUUAGCUCAUAAUUAUUUCAACAGUAUGAACACCCAUUCGUUUAUAUUAGAAGCAGAUACUUUUUAUCAGUUAUUAAAAUCUAUUGAGAAAGUUGAGUCUCCUGGCUGGGCUGGUUUAUUAUCAGAGCCAAAUUCAAUAAGAUUUAGACUCUAAUCAGGAUAGGGUUGCCCUUCUUUGAAAGAACGGUCUGAUCAUUUUUAUAUGCUAUCGAUAUCCCUCAAUUGAUUGAUAGUGAUAAGUUAUUCUUAACAUUAUUUCAUCACUCACUAGCUUAUUGAGAUUUCUAUCAAUAUAUAGAAAUUACUAAGUCAUUAUGUUGAGAAUGGUCAAAUAAUUUAGUUUAGCACAGAAGGAAGAAAUAUCAAGAGAUAAUCAUACAUUAGUGUUAACUUUAGAGUGAGAUUUAAAGGAGUUUGAGAUAUAAAUACUAAAUAAAAAAGAUUAUUUAAUAAUAUAAUUGCUUUCUUUUAGUUAUUUGCUAUAUCCAAUUCACUGUCUAAAUUCUAUAUCUAUCUCACUAAUCCUUAAAUUCAUACCCCAACCCAAUUUCACUAAAAUCCCAACU